AUGACCAGCGAUAAAAAGCAUAUCGUGGUUGUCGGUGCGGGGGCAGCCGGCAUGUCAUGUGCGGCUACUCUCAUGAACCACCCCAACAAAUUCAAGGUCACUGUGCUUGAGGCCUGCGAUGUCGUGGGUGGCCAGGCAACCUCAAUCCCUCUCGACGAGGAACGAUACGGUGCUGCCUGGAUGAACAAUGGGGUGCAGGGCGGUUCUCCGAUCUUCAAGCACACAUUCAACUUCUUCGAACAGCAUGGCCACCCACCAGAGGAGGUCGAGCUGCAGGUCUCGUUCGGCAAGGGGGAAGAUCGCUUCUGGACCAACUGCUUCCCUAGCAAGCUCAUCUCCCAGUUCUCGUCCGACAUUAAGCGGUUCGGCUUCUUCCUCAAGUUCAUCAAGUGGACAAUGCCGGUGUUCGGCCUUAUCCCGAUUAGAGUCAUGAUGCGUCUCUUCUUCUUCAGCAAAGAGUUUGGUGACAAGAUGGUGUACCCCCUCAUUGCCCUCUUCCUCGGCACCGGGAACCAGACUGCCAAUGUCCCUUCGGCCAUUGUAGAGCGGUUGUUUGAUGACCCCAACAUGAAGCUGUGGGACUACGAUUCGGAGACAUUGCUGCCUAAUUUGCCAAAGAUGGUCACUUUUGAUAACCUCCACGAGUUUUACAAGAAAUGGAAGGAUGAUCUGUUGAGCAAGGGCGCCGAUGUCAGGACCAACACUGAGGUCGAGGCAGUCCUGCAGAGAUCCAAGAAUAGUGUCAAGCUCCGAAUCAAGAACAACAAGACCGAGGAGGUCACCGAGGAGUCAUUCGAUGGCAUGGUCCUCUGCGUUCUGGCAGACACUGCCCUCAACCUCCUGGGCAAGACGGCCACCAUGCGUGAGAAGUUCGUCCUCGGGGGCGCAGCUUUCUACGACGAUAUUACCAUUACUCACUCUGAUUCUAAGUACUUCGAGGAGCAUUACGAAACCCACUUCAAACCUAAUCUCUGCGCCGAGCCCAAGUCGGAUGACCAGAAGAAACAGGUGUCCUUCUCCAAGGGCGAGGGCGACUCCCCAGGCUUUCGGCCCAUGUACUACACGUACACGUACCCCCAGGAUCCCAAGAAAAUUGAGAUGUCGUUCAACUGUAGUAACUACCAGCACCAGCUCAAAAAGGCAAACCUCGAGUCUGGGGAUGCGUACGAGCCAGUGUACCAGACCAUCUUUCUAAACAGUCAGGAGCGUGACAAGUGGACGAUUGACAAGAUUGACGAGUCCAAGAUCAUCAAGAAGAACUGGUGGCAUCAACUAGGACAUAGGUGGCAGCAUUACCUGCGUGUCGUCCCGGGUAUGAUGUUUCUGCACGGCAAGCAGAGCACCUUCUUUGCUGGCUCCUGGACAUUGGUUAACAUGCACGAACUUGCCUGUGUUAGUGGCAUUGCAGCAGCCUACCAUCUCGGUGCUGACUAUGUCAAGUUUGACGACUUUGCUGAGGACUUCUUUUCCAAGUAUCUGCUUCUUUCUCAUGGGAUGAUGUAUUCGCGAGAGGAAAAGAGGAGGCAGAAGUCCAAGAAGUGA